CGGCGGGAGGACGCACGGCGCUGCGUUGUUCCGCCCUCCGCGCUCCUGGUCUCGGCCGAUCUAGCAGAGCCGGGGUGUUCGGCUAAGUGGGGGCAGCCGCAGGCGCGCCGCCGAACCGAUCCGCUGAGCCUGUUGCCGCCGCCGCAGCUACCGCCACGCCCCGUGCGCCGUGACCCGCGACCCCAGACCCCGACCUCUUUUAGAUCGGCCCGCGCGCCCCAGGCCCGGCCCGGGCGGCGCGACGGGAGGAUGAGCGGCGGGCGGCGGAAAGAGGAGCCGCCUCAGCCGCAGCUGGCUAACGGGGCCCUCAAAGUCUCCGUCUGGAGCAAGGUGCUGCGGAGCGACGCGGCCUGGGAGGACAAGGAUGAAUUUUUAGAUGUGAUCUACUGGUUCCGACAGAUCAUUGCUGUGGUCCUAGGUGUCAUUUGGGGAGUGUUACCAUUGCGAGGUUUCUUGGGAAUAGCAGGAUUCUGCCUGAUCAAUGCAGGUGUCCUGUACCUCUACUUCAGCAACUACCUACAGAUAGAUGAGGAAGAGUAUGGCGGCACGUGGGAGCUCACAAAGGAAGGGUUUAUGACAUCGUUUGCCUUGUUCAUGGACAGUAUGCGUGAAUUCAUUUGGAGAGGAGAAGUGGCCGGCCACCCGGCCUGCGUCUCUACGUAACAGGCUCCCUUCUGUUGGUCGCAGUCAACAAUCCAAACAGGAAUUAUGAUCUUCCACAUUCCUCAGAACUGCUCUCUCCUGAAGUCACUUUGCAGUUCUUGUUGACCAAUAUGGAAGCGAAAGAGAAUGCAAUGGCCUACCCAACCUAGAAACCUGUUCUGCAUAUUUCCCCUAAAAACACCACUGAAAAUGCAAAAAAAGAGUCCCUUUUUUUUUGUUUUUUGCAGAAGCUCUACAAGAAAGCCUGUCUAAAAUCACAGAACUAUGCACACACAAACA